ACUAUUCGAUUGUUACUAAAUUUGGGUGUGCUCUGAAACAACUAAAUGAAGAAUUUAUACUUAUAAAAAGCAUUUAUCGUCUCCUAUUAUUGAAAAAUGGCUAACAACAAAGGAAAUAGUUUAAUUUUUUACAUGUUCGAAUUAAAUACAAGCUGUAGAGCUGUAUAUAUACUUAUUGAAGAGCUUAACAUUGAAGCUACAAUUCAAAAGAUCGAUAUGAGAAAGGGUGAACACUUAACAGACGAUUUUAAGCAGAUAAGUCCUCUAGGACAACUGCCUGUUAUGAUCGAUAAUGGAUUAAAAUUAAGCGAAUCAUCGGCUAUCUUAUGUUACUUGGUUGAACAGUACGGAAAUGAGGAACAACAAAAUAAAUUAAUGGGCAUCAACGAUAUUAAAAUAAGAGCAAAGAUUCAAAUGGCUCUUUACUUUAAUGUAUCACGUUUCUACAAACCUGUCGCAGACUGGUUGAGACCUCAAAUCUUUAGAGGAAGCCGACCAACUGAAGGAGAAUGCCUAAAACUUAAAGAGGCUUUGAGGCAGUUAAACUCUCUUAUAAAGUCGUAUUCAAAAUACGUAGCCGGAAGUGAUGAACCGACUGUAGCCGAUAUUGCGCUGUUUUCGUCCGUUUCAUUCUUGCAAGUUCUCAAUUAUAACUUGUUGCAAUACAAUAGUCUUUGGAAUUGGUUGAAACGCUUGAAAAAGAGCUCUUUAGAAUUGCCUAUUGGAAAGAGUUUGAUCUCUUUACAGGAAUGGCAGGAGGAACUAAAUGCUAAAAGCAAUGAAAACGAUUGCUAA